GUACACAGCCUUUUACCAAUCAGGGUCCACUUUCCUUUUAAAACUGUUUUUUGAUUCGCUAUAAUUUGAAUUAAGGGAAAUCAGUAUUUUAUCAUUUUGGCAGCAAUGAAAAUAAAAAAAGGAAUCAUAAGCUAAACAAACAACAACACGUGCAGGACGUCUGAGACGUAUUUAUCGUCGACAUGACGCUUUUAUUAAUAUAUAACGUUUUGUAAGUGAGAAAUGACGAAGAAAUAGUGAAAGAAAAUCAUCACGUAAAAUAUUAAUAGUUCUUUGUCAUCAACUGCAGACAUCAAUGACUUAUGUAGAUGAUAAAAAAAUGCAUGAAUCUUGUACAUACAUAAAUUUUAUUGCUUGGUGGAAAACCAUAUACUAUUUACGACGCAAAAGUCACCAAACGUAUCGUUUUGUAUAAUUACUAUAAAACAUGUACCUUUUGGCGUAAAAAGUAUAAAAUCUCUAUUUUUGAACAUGUAUAAAAACAGUUUGUCUUAUAAACUGGAGUUUCGCCUUCUUCAAUUGGAUUGAAUUAUCGUGUUUAAUACAAUUUUGAUGUAUCUUAUUCUACUUCAAUGUCAAGGAGAGUUUGUCGAGAAAUGGAUGGCCUCCCAGUGAAAUGCAAUGUUUGCGAAGAGUAUUUCCAUUCUUUGGAGGAGAUGAAUGACCAUCUGCAACGAAAUCACGCACUAAUAAACAGAAAUAAAAGAUUUCAAUGUGAUUUUGUGAACUGUAAUGCUACAUUUAACAAUAGAUCUUCUUUGCGGUCUCAUAACUUUAGGAAACACAGAGUUAGAGUACCCUAUCAAAAUGUCCUUGUUGAACCAAAUGUCGGUAUGGAUGGCGAGAAUCAGAAUGUCGAUAUUGAAGACCUACAACGAGGUAAUGUUGAUAUGGAAUCAAGAGAUUGUGGCAACGAAGAAGAUUUGAGUAACGGAAACUACAACAUUAGAGAAGGAAAUCAGAAUGUGGACGUAAAUGGAGCUGAACCAAAUGUCAAUAUAGAUGUACAUAAUAGUAAUGAUGUCAUUGAGGACUUCCAAAGAGAUAAUAUCAAUUUGGAAUCAAGAAACAUGAGGACAGAAGAUGAUUCGCGCAACGAGAGUGAUAGUGAAGAAUUUUCGAGUAGCGACAGCGAAGCAGAUGAAUGGAUCGAAGAAGAUACCGAAGAUGACGACGAAGUACACGCAGAGCAGAAAGAUGAUCCUAGAAAACGUACUAUAGGAUUACUUUUAUUACAACUAAGAGCGACAACACACAUGUCGGAAGAAAAAAUUAGCAGUAUUCUUCAAGCGAUGCAAGACGCUGUCAAAAGUUUUAACAAAUUUUUUUAACAAUCCUACCUACUCGGACAUUCUAGAGAAACAUACUCCAAAACCAAACGUCAUUACAUCUUUUAGAGAUGGUUUAAAAUUUCAAACUCAAGUUUGGAGACAUGACGCUACCCAUCAAAGUAUUGUUUUGUAUAUGGACGAUGUUUACAUGUGUGAUGGGUUAGGAUCGAAAAAAGCAGGUAGUAAAAAAUU